UUUACUUGUUGUUUUCGUUUGUUUCUCUGAAGUUCUCACUUGGUUCUUACUCAAUCGUUUGAGGCACCAAGUUUUAUAGUUUUCAGGUAUUAGUUUCAACACCAAGAAAGACCUUGUUCAAUGGCUCUCGUGUUAUGAUCGCCGAUUUAUAUAAGGGUCUCCCCUGAGGCGUUACUCAAGCGCAAAAAUUGCGUGGCUUGGUGGAAUUUUCGACGUGAUGGAUGACGAUGAUUCGGAUUCAGAUAUGACAAAUUUUUCCGAUGAUGAUUUCAUAGAUGAUCAAAUGGAAACAUCCGAAAAUGAAUCGGUUGUGGGACAUGUUCCGCACUAUUUACGAAUAUUGUCACAGAACCCGUCUCCUGUUGAUGACCAAUCAAACGAUUCUUCCUACAACGCCUCGCUGGGAGGCUCUAUGUCCUUCUCCUCUGCUGCAUCGUCAAUGUCGUCAGCUAGCUCUGUGAACAGUGUAGAAAUGUAUCACUCUCCCACAUCAUCAGAUGGCUCAGAUUCACCGGUAGUGGUGGAACCGGGUAGUCGAGAUCUAAGGCCGAUAAGCUCCUCUUCAUCUGGAUGGUCAGAUGGAGAAGCAGGGUCAAAUUAUCAAGUUCCAGCUGCUCAUCCUGCUCCGACCCCUGUUGCCAAUGUGAUGGAAGCUGCUGCUCAACCAAUGGCACAGCAAACAGUUCAAAGGGUUGUAGUCACUGAACAAAUUCCAGGACCAAGUUCAGCCUCAACCUCUUCAAGCCCGAAAUCAAGAAAAAGACCAGCUGAUGAUGAUUCAGAUUCCAACGAUGUUGGGAAUGAUGAUGGUAGUUAUUGCUCAAUUUGUUUAGAGGUGUACACCAACUCAGGAGACCACAGAAUUGUCUCAAUUAAAUGUGGUCAUUUAUUUGGAAAAAGCUGCAUAGAAAGGUGGCUUAAGGUAUCAUGUGGGGCAAUCAAGCGCUGUCCAUCGUGUAAUACUAAAGCGGCUGUGAAGGAUAUUAGAAUUAUCUACGCAAAGAAAUUAACUGCAAUGGACACUGCUGAAAAUGAUAGACUGAAGAAUGAACUAGAAAAGGCUUAUUCCGACAACAAACGAUUAGAACUAGAGCUAACAAAGUGCAAAAUGAACGUUGAAAUGCUAGAGAAACGGUUCCUUGAACAGCAGAAAGAAAUGAAAUCUAAGUUCCCUGGAUCAUCUAGCUCUGGCAAUCCUGGUUGUAUCCAUUGCAAUAGGUCGCAGUCCACCGUACCAAGACUGGUUCACACUCACCGUCUCAGCAAAGGAGGUGGCAGAGUGCUAGCUCACAAUAAAUAUCUUAGUUUACUGGUUGCAUCACAUGCAUCUGCAAAUCCUGUCUUCCAAGGAUUUGGUAUCACGAAAAUUAAUAGUUUGGAUUUCAACAUAUCUGAGUUUGUCUACCUCCACCCGAAACCUAUUAGAGACUUAUCCUUCCACCAUUCUGAACCGAAUGUACUAUUAAGUGUUUCUUUAGAUAAAACAGCCAAGCUAGUCGAUGUUUCUUGCAACUCAGUUGUUCACACUUAUCAAGCCGAGAGUCCUGUUUGGUCAUGUUGUUGGGAUUUGCAAAAUCCAAAUGUUUGCUUUAUUGGCACUCAAAGUGGUUCCAUUCUGCAGUUUGAUCGCCGGCGCACUGACAAGGUCAUGCUGGAAUUAGCUGGAGACAGGACUCCAAUUGUAGGUCUUUCAUCUGUUCCUGCUGUUCCAGGACGGACACUUUCAAGAGGAGGGAUCAUUGCUUGCCGGUUAAGCUCUAUUUGGGCCCUUGAACGUGGUGUAAAUGAAGGUUUUAUUAAUCACCGUUUGCCACUGGAGGGAACUUUUAUCUCCCUCAAUUUCGAUAAAGAACUGGAUCUCAUUUUAGCCUCUGCUCGCCCUAAUCAACAAUGCUCCACUGCCAGGCAUAUGGUCUAUCAGCUCACACCAUCCGACAAUCCUGCCAGAUGUCAGCAUCUUCACACCUUUCAUGGUGGAUCCACUGUAGGGAACAUAUCAAGGUCCAGAUUGUUCAAUGCAAACAAAGAAACGUUCGUAUGUGCCUUUAAUGAAUCUUCAAAAGCUGUUGAAGCAUUCCAAUUGUCUUCGUUUAGUAAGAAAUUUAGUCUACCCUCCAAGGAAAACGAAUCCGUCUCUGAUCUUCUGCCUUUCUAUGUGAACCAGUCAUUGUACCUUUCAACCGUAUCGGACAACUAUCUGAGUGUUUACUCGAUCCCCGCUAAAUAAAUUAACUUCAAUAGAAGCAAGUAAAGUUACCUUUUGUAAUUUUGUAACAUUUUGUCUGAAGCUCAAUGUGUACAUAUUAAUGAUACUUUUUAAUGCAUUUGCUAUUUUUUCUGAGUAUUGAGAGCAAUGCUGGGGGAGUAGACAAAGAGAUUUUAAGCUCAGAUUUCUUAAAGUCAAACUAAUUGGGUUUUUUAAUGAGUCCUGCAUAAACUUACUUUCUCUCCUACCAUUUCCGAUGCUAGUCAAGUUUCAUUUGCCCUAAUUGGUUUACAUUAGAAUAUUUAGUUUAAAUAAAAAUAACUACUUUUGUUUCUUAUAAUUUUCUUGCUCAACUGUACUUUAAAUCAACCAGGAGACAUAGUUUUUAACGUAUAUCUUCAAACUGAUAUCAGUGGACAGAUCUGAGAGUAUUAUUUUGGUUGACCGCAUGUAAAUUUAAACAUAAUGGUAAAAUUUUAAUACUUAUAAUUACAUCCAAUUUCUGCUUUAAGGUUCAGUUAGGUCGGACCUCUCAUCAUUACACUGUGAUGUUUUCAAAUUUAAUUGCAUUCAAAAUUUACAAGAUUCAUUUUUUUAAAGCACUAUGAAAGUUUAUCGAUCAAAUCGAUAAUUAAUUUAGGUUGAAAAAUGAAAAUUGGGAACAGCGGAAGUUUUUCUUCAGUAUCUCAAAUUUGUGAAAAUGGAGUUAUGAUUCUUUGGCUCUUAAUUAAAUAUUUCAACAAGGUUAAGAUGACAUGAAGACAAACAAACCUUUUCACUCGACUCCACUCUGUUUCCGCCAACUUCCAUGGUGAUCAUUAAAUAAUCAGAGUUUAAUUUUAUCUGAAGAGUGUAGGCAAGCAUUUCAAGGAAUGCAUGGAGCCAUGAGAGAACACAUCACAAAAACGAAAAUAACCUUUGACGCAAAACCAUGAUAGAAAUUAUUGAAAAAGCAAAUCUAGAAAAAUUGAGUCCUUCUUCACUUUUUGACAUCCAGUUGUUCGGUAUUUUCAUUAAGAAUCUUCAAAAUAUUUUUGUUCCCUCUCUACUUUUAUUCGUUGCGUAGGGUUAUAUUGAUGCCAAAAUUUAAUCAGAGAAAGAGAACUUUAGGAAACUUCAACAUUUUUGACCCAUCCAAACGCAAAUGCUUUUUCUUACUUCAUAAUCCUCCAACAUCAAGUGGAUAGUAUGAAGUUGUAAACAUUACAGCCUUUUUGUUAAAUCUUUUUUGAAAAAAAUGUAUAUUGUUUGAUGCUCCGUUACUGAUAUUGUUAAUUUCAUUAGAGAGCUCACUUAUUUCCCGCUCGUUUGAUUGAUAUCAUCCAGGAAAACUGUUAAUCUUCCAUGGUCAAUUGACAUCAUUCCUCUUUGUUAGACUGCUUCUCAUUGUGACUAAUUCAAGUAAAUGUGGACUUGUAUUGAAGUGUUGUGAAUACAUUUUUCAUUUGUACAUUUUUAAAUAUAAGUUUUUUAUUGAACAAACAG